CUAACCCCUCCGGUUUGCGUCCACUGCCACGUUAAUAGCGGUAGACACAAAAACACCAGCUACUCUCCCAAUCCUAAAAACUCCCCAACCGGCACAAAUUUAUUUCUUAACUAUCAACUGCAGUCCCUCUGUUGAGAAAGAAAACUCGACGGUAAUUAUGUUUAAGUUUUUCCUCUUAUGUACACUGGCCGUUGCCAGUUGCAGGGCUGACAUCGCAGAAGAAGAAGACGUCUUGGUGCUGAAGAAAAGUAACUUCGACGAGGCUCUCCAGGCUCACCCCAACAUCUUGGUUGAGUUCUAUGCACCAUGGUGCGGCCACUGCAAGGCCCUGGCUCCAGAAUACGCCAAGGCUGCCGGCAUGCUGAAAGCAGAGGGCUCAGAGAUCCGCCUGGGCAAAGUAGACGCCACUGAGGAGAGCGAGCUGGCUCAGGAGUACGGCGUACGGGGGUACCCCACCAUCAAGUUCUUUAAGGGUGGAGAGAAGGGAUCUCCAAAGGAGUACUCUGCUGGCAGGCAAGCAGAAGACAUCGUUAACUGGCUGAAGAAACGUACAGGACCUGCGGUCUCCACCCUGACUGAGGUCACUGCAGCAGAGUCUCUGAUUGCUGACAAUGAGGUGGCAGUCAUUGGAUUCUUUAAGGACGCGCAGUCUGCUGAUGCCAAAGUCUUGGAAAAAGCUGCUGAAGCCAUUGAUGAUAUUCCCUUCGCUAUGACCAGCAGUGAUGACAUCUACUCAAAGUUCGAGGUUUCCAAAGAUGGAAUCAUCCUAUUCAAAAAGUUCGAUGAAGGUCGCAAUACCUUUGAUGGAGAGCUGACAAAGGAGAAGCUGUUGGCUUUUGUUAGGGCCAACCAGCUGCCACUGGUCAUUGAGUUCACUGAGCAGACCGCCCCUAAAAUCUUUGGAGGAGACAUCAAGUCCCACAUCCUGAUGUUCCUGCCUAAAGCUUCUUCUGGCUUCCAGGAGAAAAUGGAUCACUUUAAGAAAGCUGCUGAGGGAUUUAAGGGUCAGAUCCUGUUCAUCUUCAUUGACAGUGAAAUUGAUGACAACCAGCGCAUCCUGGAGUUCUUCGGCCUGAAGAAAGAGGACUGCCCCGCCAUCCGCCUCAUCACGCUGGAGGACGAGAUGACAAAGUACAAGCCAGAGAGCAGCGAGAUCACAGCAGAGAGCAUCACACAGUUCUGCACACAGUUCACUGAGGGCAAACUAAAGGCCCACCUCAUGAGCCAGGACAUUCCUGAAGACUGGGACAAGACCCCCGUCAAGGUUUUGGUGGGCAAAAAUUUCGAGGAGGUUGCGUUUAACCCUUCAAAGAACGUCUUUGUUGAAUUCUAUGCUCCUUGGUGUGGGCACUGCAAACAGCUGGCCCCCAUCUGGGAACAGCUGGGAGAGAAGUACAAGGACAGCCCUGACACCAUCGUGGCCAAGAUGGACUCCACAGCAAACGAGAUAGAAGCUGUAAAAGUCCACAGCUUCCCAACACUAAAGUUCUUCCCUGCAGGAGAUGAUCGCCAGGUGAUUGACUAUAAUGGAGAGAGAACGCUGGAGGGCUUCACAAAGUUCUUGGAGAGUGGCGGUAAAGAUGGAGGCGCCCCUGCAGGAGACGAUGACGAAGGCCUGGAUACAGAUGACUUGGAAGAUGUGGACGAUUCCGAUGUCGAGGAUGGAGGCGACGACGACGGGCACGACGAGUUGUAAGAGCUGCAGGAGGAGAGGGCGAGAGGAGACCUACCCCAACCCCUCCAGUCACCACCAUCACCACCUUUGCUUCCUUGUGGACCCUUCCUGUCCUGUGAACAUUAACAGUCCACCCUGAACUGCCUUUCAGUAAAGCCAGCCUGUGAACCAACCAGUCGGUCCAUCUGGGGCUGGUUGGGCAGUUUUAAUUUUUUUUUUUUUUUGGUUUAAGGUUUUAAUUUCACACAUUCUGCCCAGACUGGUCUUGUCCCUCCAGUAGAUCCCUGAAACAGCGCACCACCUCUCUGGGAGACCCCACUGGCUUGUUCACAAGGCUCCUCAUCAUAUUUGGACUGAAUUAUUUAAAAAAAUGGCGUUGAUUGUCAGGUUUUGAAAAGCUAAUUUUCCUAACAAGUUAGACUCCCAUCUGUAAAACAAAUCUUGGUGUUCAGUGUUUGUUUGAGCUGAAUGAAAUGAUCUGCAUUUCGAAGGCGAGGGGGCUGCAAUUGUUCUCUGUUGAAUUAAGAAAUCAAGAGGACCAGUGGGUUUUAUACAGACUGUCUCAGGGGACAAGGGGCCAUCAUUUAUUUUUUAUUAUUUUUUUUUUUUUUAAGUAAACUUUAAACAUCCGUGUAGCACACAGAGGACCCCUCCCCCCCCACAUCUGUAGCCGAGACCAAUUAUUUUGUAUCUUACAAAGGGGGGUGGGGUAUAAUUUCAUUUCCCAGUUUCUUUCUGUUCUUUCUCCUUAUGUCAGCAUAUCUACUAUUUUUGUCUAAAAGCAGUUGUUAACUUUAAAAUCAUUUUUUAUUUAAUUGCUUUCAAGUUGGGGUGUUUUUUAAUUUAGGUCUUCAUUUUUUUUAUUGUACCACGGUGCCCAGCUGUUGCCGUUUGGCCCUGUUGGGGCAAAGUUGGCCCCUGCUCACCCUCUCAAACCUGCAGAGGCAGACGGAGCUGGUUCUGGUGGGUCGCACUGCAUUAAUGCCUAUUCGGGAGAUUCACUGUGGUUACUGAAGCAGACAGAUUGGUGUGGUUUAGUCGGAGUGUCGGCUUAUAUCUGAAAUGAGGGAGGAAACCAGUCUAAAGCCCCACCCCCCUCACCCACGCUGCAUCUCUUUGCUCUAUACGGCACCCUUAGCUGCCUAAUGCUGUGUGAAUGAGUGAAUGUUUGCUUGUCUGAAUGUUGGCGUGCGUGUUUGGGCUCAGAGGGGUCGACUAGAGCAAGGGAUGGGUGCGUCAGUCCAUCAGUGGUGGGAGGGAGAAUGACAAAGCAUUCCAUCAUAUUCAAAUUAAUGUGGAAAAUGUGAAAUGGUGGCCAA